GUUCCUCCACCAGUAUUCCCGUUAUUCCUUCAUCUGGUCUUCCGGCGGUUGAGGAAGAGGUUAAACGACAUCGAUAAUCACAUAGACACCUUAACAGCUCAAGAACUCAAGGGCUCAACUUUUCUUAAAUUAACACGAGAUGAUCUUUCGGGUAUUCAAGUACCUCUUGGACCAGCAAAAGAAAUCGUUGAGUUGAUUAAUGACAUUCAAGGAGAAAAGUGA